UUGAAGUUCCAAAUAUUCUACUACCUUUAAUAAUAAACAUGCAUUUUCUCUCUCAUUUCUUAGCACUAUUGAUUUUUUGGUUCUUAGCCCUUUUUGUUGCUCACACAUACAAAAUUAGAAACAGAGCUAGUACUGCAAAGAGUAGUAGUAUAUCAUCAAUUUGGGCACCUAAAGCUCCAAGUGCAUGGCCAUUCAUAGGCCACCUCCAUCUUCUUAGUGGCCAGGUCCCCGUUUGUCGAACCCUCGGACUCUUGGCUGAUAAAUAUGGACCCAUUUUUCAACUUCAGCUAGGAACCCAUCCGGCUCUUGUUGUAAGCAGUUGGGAAAUGGUUAAAGAUUGCUUCACUACAAAUGACAAAAUAUUUGCAAGUCGACCGAAAAUGACACUAAGCAAGUACUUUUACAAUGAUGCUGUUUUUGCGUUGGCCCCUUAUGGACCAUAUUGGCGUGAAAUUCGCAAAAUGGUGACUCUUGAACUCUUCACCAAUAGCCGGCUUGAGAAACUGAAGCAUGUCCGUACAUCGGAAGUGGAUUGUUGUAUUAAAGAAUUGUACUCGUUCUGUAAUAAUAAUAAUAAUUUCCCAACACAAGUGAACUUAAGUAGCUGGUUUGAGCACAUAACGUGCAACAUAAUCAUUAGAAUGCUUGCUGGGAAGCGAUUUUCGAGCAGUGUUAAUGAAGAGAGUGGAACAAAGGAAAUGCAAUUCAAAGAAUCAAUAAAGAAAGCGUUGCUUCUUGGUGGAGCUUUCGUUGUUUCGGAUGUAAUUCCAUCGCUUGAAUGGAUGGAUAUUGGUGGCCACAUUAAAGCCAUGAAGCAGACCUUUAAAGAAGUUGAUAGUGUUUUUGAUAUCUGGUUAAAAGAACACAUCCAGAAAAGAAAAGAUUGUGAUAAUAGUACUACUGGAGAUGAUCACCAAUCUGAUUUUAUUGAUGUGAUGCUUUCAACUCUUCCAGAGGAAGCCAGUGUAUCUGGAUACGACCGUGAUGCCAUUAUCAAGGCAACGACAUUGAUACUUAUCAUGACUGCAUCAGAGAGCACUGCGGAGACACUAAUAUGGGCACUUUCUCUGCUAAUGAAUGACCGUCGCAUACUGAAAAUAGCCCAAGAUGAGCUAGAUGAGCACGUAGGAAGAAACAGAUGGGUUGAAGAAUCCGACAUAAAAAACCUGAAAUAUUUACAAGCCAUAGUAAAAGAAACAUUACGUUUGUACCCACCUGGUCCUUUGGCAGGACCUCGAGAGGCCAUUGAAGAUUGUUAUGUUGGCAAGUAUCAUAUUCGAAAACCUCUUCAACCUCUUCUUACUCCCAGGCUGUCUAUGGAACUCUAUCAAAGUCUUUGAGAAAGUAAA